CUGUACUGCAAGUUUUUGACCGGUAGAGCUGUGAUGUGAAGCUGUUCGAUGAAAUUCCUAAUAGAUAUUCGAUUUUUGAGUGCUGUGAUAUAUAGGAUAGUGAGAUCUAAUUUUUGGGUGGUAGUUGGUUAUUGUAGUUGGCUGGAGGAAGAAGGUGAAGAAAGAGACUUUCUUUUGUUGAGAGUGGAGAAACACCUGUUUGCUUAGGAAACCAAGUUUGCUGCUACUUCCGUAGUUACUAAUAAAAUGAUGGCAAGACAAGCAAAUUCAUUUUUUCUUGAAGUGUGGUUGAGGACUAAUAGUGGAGGUAGUAGUGGCCCUGUUCUGGAAGGGAAUUCUUCUUCUUCUUCUUCUUCUUCUUCUGCUUGGGUAAUCAUUCAAGCAUGGUCUGAGCUCAUAGAAUAUAGAAGAAUGGUUGUCAGCUGGGGAUACAUGAUGGUUCUUCUCUAAAGGUUGAUUGUGCAUUUGUAUGGAAGAACUGGCAAGGGGGGUCAGAUCCCUGUAAAGAGUUACAGGUGAAGUACUUACCUGUUUAUUCCACUUCUCAUUUGUUUCUUCUUUGCCACUUCAGUUGGAAUCUUAUGAUGAUAUGUUCUUAAGAAUCAAACUAUGUUUUUCUU